UAGUCAUUCUGGGAUAGCACCAACUUCAACUUGCAACCUCUUAAGUUUCUUUUUUAAAAUGAUUUUCAUUUUCAAUUUAUAAAACAUUCAAACUUAGCCAACCCAAAAUCAUAGCCGCCUUUGUUUUUCAGCUAUUAGCUACUUAUCAACCCAACCCCAACUUGUUUUCCAUUAAAGUUGUUUUGCAUUUGUGAUCAUAUUCUCCAUUUGUUUUCAUCAAGACACUAGAUCAUGGAUUGGUACUAUGGGAAUGGCAUUAAUGAUUUUCUAGUUCCCAAAGAUCAAGAUUUAUUGGACAGGCAUCCUUCACCAGACUGUUGGUCAAACUGGGGAAUAAGUGUAACAGAAGGUUUUAGUUCACCUAAAAAGUUCUUUAUUAUGGAUUUCAUUGAUGAAAGUUUCAAUAAUCAAAUUGAGCUUGAAACAUCCCUGCAUGAUAAAGAUCAGUCUAGCAGUUCAAGUGUAUGUGGGGGAUUGUCUGAGCAAUCUUUUCAACAGACCGCACUUUCAUGUGAUCAGCCUAAUUACCAGCUUCAAGACCUACAAAGAUUCGAACAGAUGAAUGACACUUUCUUGGAUUCUAUACCUGAAGAUCUUCCCUGUGUUGAAAACCUCGACAAAUCCUUUAACAUUUCAUCUGAAAACCGAAGCAGCAAUACAUCUGAUCAACUGCAGAAAGAUAUUGCAUCUUCAAAGUUUGUUUCAUGCAACUCAGAAUCUAAGGAUUGCCUGGAUAUAGAGGCACCAUCAGACGAAGUCUUGGACUCUUUUGAGCAGUGCAGCAGAGAUGAUGGCAUGCAUGAGCAGUCAGCGGUUGAGGAAUUCAUACUGAAGGAUCUUGAGAUGGUAAUUGGACAGUUCACUGAGAGGACCCGGAUUAGCUUCCGAGAUGCCCUUUACCGUCUUGCUAGAAACACUGGACAACAGCAUGUACUGCAGGUCCAGGACCAAGAUGGAGAUCAUAACAUGCAAAGGGCAAUGCUACAUCCGGAUCACAGUGAAACAGUAAGGUCUGAGAGCAAGAAACCAAUGGAAUCGGAGACCAACAGUGUUGACAGAGUAAUUGCAAAUCUUAUGUUCAACAACAUGGAGUUUAACAUACAUAGUCCUCCUCUUACAUCAUCAAUAAACACCAUGCAACAAGCAAAUGAAAGUAAAGGUCUACAUAGAAAAAGCUGAAAAGCCUGGAAUCUGGCACAGUAGUUUUACUCUCCCCACCCUAAAAAAUUACAAGCAGAUGCCUAGGUUCCAAGGUUUGGACUAACCAACCAACAAAGAGGCACAGGUUCACAAAUUGCUUGUGGGGAUCCUAUAACAAAGUCUUUAUGCUAGGGUUUGAUUAGGUAAUGUGAUUAUGAGCUUUCUAGUAGACAGUAGCUAAACCUAAACUAAGAAAAAAACCAAUUUCCUGUAACUGUUCAGUCUUACUAUUGUGGUUUCUCUGAUAUUCAUGUGUAUACCUUUGCAUCUAAAUUAUCUGUGUUAUGUUGUUUUGUUCAAGGGCUAGCUGUAUCCAUCUAGCUCAGUUUUGCUUGGAAUGUAUAUGACUGAGUUUUUUUUUGGAUAUCUUUAUCAAUUACCUAACUAGUUGGGCAGGACCGCAAGAGCUUGCAUAUCCCAGACUUGAACUUUAAACUACUGCUUCAACUAAAAUGACCCUUGCCUGUUAAUCCACUUGAUG